AUGCCCUUGUUUAGUAAUAAAUUUUCGCCUAAAACGAUUCCAGUUAGGAAACAAGACUCUUCAGUUAUAAAAAAUGAGUUAGGAAGUGACUAUGCAUCGAAAGAAUUGUCUAUAGAUGUGAGUCCAUUGAAGUUGAAGCUAGGAGAUUUUGAAGUGUCAUUCGAAAAUGGGCAGUGGAUACCAGCUUCGGGUAAAGCAGGUACCGCUCAUAAGGAGAACAUUCGCCUGAAAAAUGAGUUGGAAAAACUUGAAGAGGAAAACAAUAUGUUACGCUUAAAAUUCGAGAUCCUUCUGGACAUGAUGACAGACAAGACGGUAGAGGCAGAGCAGCAAGCGGAAAUGCAAAGAGCGCAGAGCUUGGGUUCUUUGAAACAGAAGAGCAAAAAGAGAUGGUAA